AAUAACAAAUCACCGGCCCAAAUCUUUCACAAUAUUAUUACGACUAUCAAAAUUCAUUUCCGUCAUCUAAAUGAAUAAACCUUUUUUUAUACGCCAGUAUAUAAGUUGAAUCAGAGGGAACACUCAAGUGAAAGCUUACUCUUAUUAUCAUGUCAAUCAAAGGCGUUGAUCUCAAAUGGUAUGAUGGGUUCUUCCUAUCGAUGCUUGCCACUAGCAUAAUUAUUAUAGUGAUUAAUUGGAAGCAUUACAAUCAAUGUAAGCAUCCAUUGAAUAUUUGGAUAGUGGUUGAUUAUACAACGGUUUUUGUGUUCCGGCUACUGAUGUUUGUGGACAAUGGACUUGCUGCAGGAAUGGGAUUGGACUAUGGGCCUCAGCAGAGACAUGCUCGUUUUUGUGGAAGAGUGGUGGUUUUGUCUAUUCUCAGUGCGGUGCUUUAUCCUUUUCUCUGGGCAUGGACUGUUAUUGGAUCCUUAUGGUUUAGUAGCUCAAGAGACUGUCUUUCUGAAGAAGGUCAGAAAUGGGGUUUCUUUUUAUGGCUGCUUUUCAGUUACUGUGGACUUGUUUGCCUUGCUGGAAUGUCUAUGAAAAUGUGGUUGAGGAGAAGACACGCUCUUUCACUACGUGCUCAGCAGGGAAUUUCUAUAUCAGAAUACGGGGUUUUGGUUGACCUGAUCCGGGUACCAGAUUGGGCAUUUGAAAAUGCUGCUGGGCAAGAGAUGAGAGGUAUGGGUCAAGAUGCAGGGUCGUAUCAUCCGGGACUUUACUUGACUGAUGCCGAGAGAGAAGCAGUGGAGGCACUCAUCCAAGAACUUCCAAAAUUCUUGCUUAUAGCUGUCCCUACUGAUUGUAGCGAGUGUCCAAUUUGCUUGGAAGAAUUCCAUGUUGGGAAUGAGGUCCGUGGGCUUCCUUGUGCGCAUAACUUCCAUGUGGGCUGCAUCGACGAAUGGCUUAAAUUGAAUGUGAAAUGUCCUCGAUGUAGAUCUUCUGUGUUCCCAAACCUCGACCUUAGUGCACUUUCCACUAUCCCUGCAGACCCUCAGGAGUCAACUCUUGCAACAACUCGUUACGUGAGGAGUCAACCAUCUAGUCAGAGUUAUCUAAUGCGAAUGCAGGGUUUCCUCCAGCCUGUUCUCGCUGGAAAUGCAAGUUCAGGUUCUGAUAACUCAUUAGAAACUGUAGAAAAUGGAAGACAACCACCUGAAAGUCAAAAUGUCCACAUAGUUGUGGAGCCUGGACGCUAACUUAUAAAGCUGGGGUCGUCAAGUAUCUGACAUAGAGCUGGGUUAGCAUGACUUGAUAGUGAAACAAGUGACCAAACAUAACUAUUUUGCGCAUACAACCACCAAUUGAUGCAGGCCAUUCCCACAUAUCAUUGAAGUGUAAUCUCUGCUUAUAAGAUGACAUCAGAAGCUCAGUAAUCUCUGCUUGUAAGAUGACAUCGUUGAAACCUGUUAAUCUUCAGGCUUCUGAAAUUAGUACCCACCACAGGAAAUAUACGAUUGGUCUGGGAUUUGAUGUAAAAACAACUUGAUUAUAUGUAAAACCAGAUUAGUGAAGUUAGCGAGAUUCAUAGCUUUUCUUUCCAA